CCAAAAAAACCCCAUUGCCUUCUAGCUACCCCCUUUCCAGUCCCGCCGCCACAUGUCCGCAUCGUCGUGUUCCUCCCUUCCCGUGCGAACAGACUUUCUCCUUCCUUUAAUCUCCCGUCCAUUCUGCUGGAGACGAACGUCGCCACGACAGGCGACAAGUCGGGGCAUCGUUUCUACAAAUGCCAUGGAUCCUACAGGUACGGCAGUGCCAUCCAGCAGGCGUACUUCAGAAAGGCUCAAUCCGCAACAGGUUGCCCGUGCUUACCAGCAGUCUGGCGUGCACCAAGCCAUGCAGGUGCUCGCUGCUCCAAUUCUGCACCAUGCGCAGCAGGGCAACCAUGCUGGGCAGUUAGCUCCUCUUAAGCAGCAGCAGAUCCAGACACCACCGCCGACGCAGUUUGAGCUCCUCAACAAACUCCGCAGACCGGUAGCUGCCGUCGCCGCUGCAUUUGGGUCCCAAGCGCUCGGCCUAGUAGCUAUUCUGCUUGCAGCCAAUAACAUCAUGCUAACUGUGCUUGUUUUGCUUUUCCUUGUCCCAGUGUACUUUGCUUCGUCCAAUUAGUCAUUAAAAAUAUCCCUAGCGAAAUAUGUACCAUAUCCUGUAUCGCCACUUAGCAACUUCGCAGGACCGUAAAUUUCUUGAAGGUGGCUCCCUCUACCGCUAAGCCUGUUUUGUAGAAUUAUUAAUUCAUCUACAAAAUGUAACUCCAUGUACUGUUGUGACGAUGUGAACAAGAUUAUAUGAGU